AUGUCAUGGAAGGCUUCCAGUAAACUGCUUGACACUAUACACCACUAUGCAUCAUUCCCGCCGACCGGCGUGUCAUUGCGCCAGAUGGUGCAGUUCGGCGAGAAGCCAUCCGUCGGCACCCUUUUCAGAGCAUCACAAUUCCUCUCCGAGGAGCUCCCGGUGCGAUUGGCGCACCGAGUAGAAGAGCUGAGCACAUUACCAGAUGGGCUGAACGAGAUGCGACCUAUACAGAGGGUUAAGGACUGGUACAUGCAAUCGUUCGAAGAGAUCACAGAGCUCCCACGACCGAAUCUGGACAAGUCCACCAAGGAUCGCCUCCUCAAUCCACCGAAAACAUCCUCGAACCGCCUGUCACAGACAACUAGAAAUCCGUCUCUUCGAGGCAGCGAGUCCAAUUCGGGUAAUGGCAACUCGAGGCGCUACUUUGCCGCUAUAGACGACGGACAGAGCUGGCCGCCCGAGCUUGCAGACUACAACAAGAAGUUCUCGAGAUGUUUGGAACAGAUCAAACGCCGUCACGACCCCGUUGUGACCACGGUUGCGCAGGGCAUAAACGAGUAUAAGAGGAAGAAACAAAGGAUGCAGAUCGACUCAUCUAUACAGUCUUUCCUGGACCGGUUCUACAUGUCUCGAAUAGGCAUACGAAUGCUUAUUGGGCAGCAUAUCGCUCUCACGGAUCAAACGAAUCACCGGCACCAGAACUACGUCGGCAUCAUAUGCACGAAAACCAACGUGAAGGAGCUCGCAGAAGAGGCGAUCGAGAACGCCAGGUUUGUAUGCGAAGACCACUACGGCCUGUUCGACGCGCCCAAAGUACAGCUCUUCUGCCCGGACAACCUCAAUUUCAUGUAUGUGCCCGGUCAUCUAUCACACAUGCUGUUCGAAACUCUGAAGAAUUCUCUCCGAGCCGUCGUGGAGACACAUGGCGCGGAGAAGGAGGACUUCCCUGUUACCAAGGUCAUUGUGGCAGAGGGCAAGGAAGAUAUCACUAUAAAAAUCUCCGAUGAAGGAGGCGGAAUACCAAGAUCUGCUAUACCUUUGGUGUGGACCUAUAUGUACACGACUGUCGACGCAACGCCCGAACUUGACCCUGGUUUCGACGCUUCUGACUUCAAGGCGCCCAUGGCCGGUUUCGGCUACGGGUUGCCCAUUUCACGCCUGUACGCCCGCUACUUCGGAGGAGAUCUUAAGUUGAUCAGUAUGGAAGGGUAA